CCCCAAUCUUCUCCAGACUCGGUCAUUCCAGUUUUGCCAGCCCUUCCUAUACCCAUGAGUCUUUUGAAGCAAUGAAGCCACCUUAGGGCCGCGCUCAACAUUGAUCCCAGUUUCCUCGGGCCCGUUCAUUGACACGGGCACAGGGCUUCGUUUCCAGAUUUCAUUGCUCGCAGGGCAAGAGCGGAUGGGGCAUCCUGCCUCCCCCCCACCCCAGCUUUGCCACGGUGGCCUGGCUGCAAGAGCCCUCGAUUCACUAUAAACAACUGUGCUCCAGCUUGCACGGGAGCGGUUGUCAGGGAGCUUGACAUCAGAGAUCCCUUCCCUAUAGAUUAGCGAGCGGUGGCAGGAUCUGCUCCUCCUCUGCAAAUGAGACGAGAGGGCACCCAGAGGAAACCCCCCAGGGCUCUUUGCAUCAUUGACCCGGGUUGCCUAGCACCGCUGGGAGCGGCGAGGCGGGGCGCCGAAGCUCUGGGCUGGCAUUUUUUUCCCCAGGGCAGCCCAUUCGGAGAGUCAGACGCUGCCGAGAAGUUAGCCGGGGAGGAGAGAAGCGGAGGCGAUGGCUGCCGACGCCUCGGACCUGGAGCUGCCCUUCGUCCUGGACGAGCAGCUCACCAAGUGCAUGCGGCUGCGGGUGCAGAGCCUGCAGCAGAGGAACGAGCGGCCGCAGGACGGCGAGAAGCUGCUGCGGCUCCACGAGUACGUCUACCGGGUGGACUUCGUCCGCCAGCACAACCUGCGCUUCCUCCGCUGGAGGGUCCGGCUGGGGAAACCCGGCAAGGUCACGGUGGCGGGCAUCUCCCAGCACUGGACCCCCGACCUCACCAACCUCAUGACCCGGCAGCUGCUGGAGCCGGCUGGCAUCUUCUGGAAGAAGCCGGGGGGCAAGGAGGUGGAGUACAACGAGGCAGACGCCCAGGAGUUCGGGGAAAGGCUGAACGAGCUGGCCAAGAUCCGCAAGGUGAUGUACUUCCUGCUGGCCUUCGCCGAUGGCCUCGAACCCACCCACCUCAAAUGCUCCAUCAUAUUCAAAGGCUGAUCCCCCACCACCCAUCCUGGGCAACUCCCGGUGCCUCCUUGCCCCCGCCUGGGAUCUCUCCCUCCGUGUUUCUUUCUUUUUGCUUUGAUCAGUCACUUCUUUUUUUUAUGAAAGGGACAGCACCACAAGAACCGGUGUCCCGUUGACAGGCAGCUGACUUUAUCAUGUUGAGAUUAGCCAAGUAACAGUAAAGUGGAUCCCCCACCCACAUGCCCAUGGAGCAAUGCCCCCUGGUGCGUGCCGCAGCUUGCAGCUGAUGUGAUGGAGCGGGCUCUUGCUUUGGGAGCCUUCGGGCACCGUGUUGCACACUAGAGUUCAGCCCUGCAAGCUCUUCGGCCGAGCGAGGAGCAGGCACGCUUGUUUGGUUGCUCCAUCUCAGCCAGCCACGGUCCAGUGAAAAUACUCCAAGUCCCAUCCACCCGAUAGCCCUGUGAAGAAAGGGACGGCCCCAGGGAGAGCAGUACUUUGCAUUUGAAGCUCAAAGCCAGCCUCUGCACAAGUGUUGAGUGAUUUUAUUUGGGGGGACACUAUUCUCCAAGAUGCCUCCCUGAGUCCCGUGAAGCAUCUGCAGGGUUUGCUUUGCCUUCCGCUGGAGCUGCAGGGCUCUGCCUCUCUGAACAUCAGGCUCAAAAGGAGUCUCCUAUCACCCAUGAAAUGAAUGCACCCCGAGCCCCAGGACAGCUGUGCAGACCCGGUGGUCCAGCCCUGGGCGAGAACUUGAGGAUUUAGCCUGCUGUUAAUCUCAGUGGCUCAUCUCUUCCCUGCAAGCAGCAAGCGCCUCUCUCUGCCUUUGCAUUACUGGGACACAAGCAGAGCACUGUUACUGCCUGGGGAUUUUCCUAGCUGAAAUCAUUUGGAAAAUCAAUCCACCACAGCAUCCAGAGCUGGAGAAACUCUGAGAGCAGAAGCAAGAGGUUUUCUGAACAUAUAUAACCCUUUAUAGGCCAGGCCCAGGUGUGAGUCUUUUUCAGUGCUCCCCCUUUGUAGAAUACAUGCAUGUACAGUACAGGUAUAUGAAAGCACAGAGAGCUAUAUUAAUUAAUAACCUGGUGUACAGUGCUGUGACUUUGGACAGGAUGUUUCAAGCCAUAGGCUAAGGCACUUCUUCUGUCCCAAAGAGUCCCCUGCUAACACUUAAACUAGGCACAGAGCUUUGUCCUAGGUGUCCACAGAAGCUGCAUGGUCUAGAGGGAAGGCUGCAGGGUUGGAAGUCAGUUGAUCAUGGUUUUCCUGGCUAUACUGCUGUCAGUGGGCUGCUCUGUGCCUCAGUUUGCCUCAUCUGUAAAUUGGGGGUGGUGCUAUGUUACCCUCCUUUGUCAAAAAGUGCAGGAAGUCUAGGGAAGUGCUAAGGAUCAUUAUUGCUGGUCCCCUGGUCCUCAAUCAAGGUGCACCUGAGAGCAAGUGUUUGGAGGACGCAGCAUUAAGAGUUGUUCUAAAGCUAUAUACUCUGCAUGCAAACCAAGACCUCGGAAGGGUCUCAGUGGUGACAAACCCACCUCCGCUUCAUCCUCAUCACUCGCGGUUCCUCUGAUAUAGGAAAGUUGCACUGUAAAGGAGGGGGAAGAGUUCGCCCCUUUGUCAAAAGUGAGGUUGGGACUUUGUGCCAGACGACAGUGGAAGCAAGUGGAGCAGGAAGCACUGGAUUUCUUGGCAGCGGUUUGGGGCAGAAACAUGCUGGAGAGGUAGGCAUGUUGGGGCUACCCCACCUGUCCUGGGCUGCAAAGAGAUGCAUUCCCCACAGUGCUGGGAGGCAGACUGGUCCCACCAGGAGCAUGUCCAUGGUCACCCCUGUGCUGCUGCAGAAUUUGGUGGCAGCCUGCAUUCAUUCGUCUCCCGCUCUGCAUCUCACCUGUCUCUGUUCACAGCCAGGCUCUUGUGCAAGGGUGCACCCGAUCGACAGGAAGAGGAGCCUCCCAUCUUUAGUCCUGGAGCCCUGGGCUAUGCUUUAUGUGAGUUUCUAAUAGAAACCCACUAUGUGUCUAGUGUCACCCUCACCCUGUCCUCCUCACCCUAGCCACUACAAAGCCUUGGUCACUGAUGCUCUGGUCACAGCUCUGUACGGGUCCUCUGCUGUUCCUUCAUUGACUUCCACGCUGCUGGGUGUGCAUGUGUGUGCAGUGCAAUAUAAAAGCCUUGUCCUUAUGGAUCCUCUGCAGCAGAGACUGUGUGUGUCUACCAUUGACCCAAUGUCUCUGUUUAAAAUGCCCAUAGCAUAUACACAAUAAAGGAGAAGCCACCAUGUGUUUCAACCCACAAGUAUUUUUCUAGGUGAUUUUUUUUUUUCCCCCCUCCCGGCUCCCUCUAAUAAAUCACAAAGUUUGUAAACAUA